AUCAACUACUGCGGAUGUUAUGUCAUACUUGGAAUUGCCCUGGACAGCAGGAAGGACAUAUUUUUUUUUCUUUUUUUUUUGAAGAGUGAACCAAUGACGGAUAUAUACAUUCUCAUACUUUAAAGGGAUUCUUCUUUCUCUUCUUCACAUCACGACUCAAGAAAUCCUCUGAAAGGAUCAGUAUCUAAUCAUAAUAUAUAUCUCCCUCUCCCUUUCUCUUUUUUUUAUUUCUUUCUCAUUAUUACUCUCGCUUUUUCUUCUCGACCCGAAACAAAUAACAAACGAUAUUAUUCUACAGGAUUAAACAAUCAUGCCAAAGAAUAAAGGAAAGGGAGGAAAGAACAGAAGACGUGGAAAAAACGAGAACGAAGGCGAGAAGCGUGAGUUGGUCUUCAAGGAAGAUGGACAAGAAUAUGCUCAAGUCCUCAAGAUGCUCGGAAACGGUCGUGUAGAGGCCCAAUGCUUUGAUGGCGAAAAAAGGCUAGCACAUAUUCGUGGAAAGAUGAGAAAAAAGGUCUGGAUCAAUCAGGGAGACAUCAUUCUUAUUUCUCUCCGUGAUUUCCAAGACGACAAGGCGGACGUCAUUCUCAAGUAUAACACUGAAGAAGCUCGUAACUUGAAGGCAUAUGGCGAGUUGCCCGAAAGCGCCAAAAUCAACGAAACCGAUACCUUCCAGGGUAGCGAAGACGAGCUUGAUGUCGAGUUCGAUAUUGACGAGAUUUAAAUAUGACCCCCCACUCCAUCUUAUUUUUGUCCCAUUACGUUUCUUUUACC